CUAGUGGCGGUGGUUGCGGCGUUGGGCUCCAUAACAAUGGUUCCCAUUUUUACUUUUUAAAUUGUAUUUAUUUAUUUCAGUCGGAGCUAGAGCUCUAGAAGCCUCAAAGGGGGCCAGUCUGGGUUGAACUCGCACAUUGUACAGACGAUAUAUAAAUUGUAUCCGCAAUUUCAAAUCAAUAAAUAGUUGCGUUUCUUUUUUGAUAAUUUCAACUCUUUUUAAAUCUGGAAUAACAGAAAAAAGGUACCACACACAUGGAAUUUCAAAUGUUAUCGGAAAUUGACAUUUAAUCAGUUUAUUUUUUGGUUGUCAUUUACUGAUAAUGAAUCUAAAUACCGACAUAGUUUCAAUGUCCAACAGUGCGAAACAUAAAUUUGUUGGAUUUUAGUUAUUUUUUUUUCAAUAUCUUAAAUUGAAUUUAAUCGUUAAACCGCUGUCGGUAGUUCGUGGUCGUGUGUAGAACAAGUGAAGGCUUUUUGGUACUUUAUUUCCGGUGAAUCAGAAACUACAAAAUUACCGACUAACUCUUUCUGUCUGUUUGUAAUAAAUUAUUCACUAUUUCUACCUAAAUUACUUUGGUGAUAAGCAAAUAGCAAAGUUCAAUAAAAUUAAACAAAAAGAAACAAUAACAAAAACAUAGCGAAAAUCACGUCGGGUCUUCCUCUUGUUAAAAUUGAUAAACCGACUAAAACACAAACAAAAACAAAGCUUGGUUUAUGUUUAUAUUGAGUUCAAAUUAAAAACCUUCGCCUCCUCAUUCGGCGUGAUAAAAUUGUCACCACUCACCGCGCACCGUUCACCGAUUGCUUCAUGUAAACUCACCCCAACUCAUAGUAAAACAAAACAAAAAUUCUGAGAAAGUGUUGCCAAGAAGAAGAAACAACAAACAAAUAAAUAAAUACAAUUUCUUUUUACACCACUACUAAACUACGAUACAACCGACGCGACGCACGGCGCGACGAUACGCGACGAAUAGUGACAGUGAGUCAGUAACAGACAGCGCCACCGCCAAAUGAACCCCUUUUUUCACUUCUUAAAUCACGAUUCGUCAAUCGUCAUUUAGUGUGUUUAUUUGCAUUGAGCAAGCGUGAACGUAAAGUCCAAGUGUCUUCUUGUGCAGUGAAAUACAAAGAUUACAAAAAAAAAUUAAAAUAACGAGUUUUCUUCUCCCAUCAUCUUUGUCCAGCAGCUGUUUUUUUUCUCCCCUUUCUUUCUUUAUUUCUUCUUUUUUUAUCGUGGUAUCAUUGUUGGAUGGGAAUUGGAUAUAAAAGUAAAAAAUUGGAAGACUGAUUGCCGCUUUAAUUGCCACAAUAUUUAAUUCAAUGCGCCUCACGUAUAAAUCGUUUUAAUAUUUAAGGCAACAAUAACAAAAAGCGUCCAUCAUAAAAUGGAUCUAACAACGUGUAUAAAACAAUCAAAAGAUGUUGAAUUUCAAGACGUCUACUACACAGUUACGGAACGUAAAAACUGGAUGAAAGUUACAGGGACCCGUAACAUUCUUCGCGGAGUAAGUGGAGCUUUCCGCAAUGGGGAGCUAUCAGCGAUUAUGGGACCAUCUGGAGCUGGAAAGAGCAGUUUGUUGAAUGCAAUAUCAGGAUUCAGCACAUCUGGUGUCACUGGACAUAUAAAAAUAAAUCGCAAAGACUCCUGUUACAUUACCCAAGAUGAUUGCCAUCAAAGUUUGCUAACCGUACAAGAACUCAUGAAUCUCGCUUGUGAUCUUAAACUAAAAAAUCGUCAGGGAUAUCGUGAGUUGAUAACAGAAAUUCUGGAAAAUCUUCAUUUAAAUCAUCGCCGUAAUAUUACAUCGGAUCACUUGAGUGGUGGCGAACGAAAACGCCUAUCCAUCGCCCUUGAAUUGGUCGCAAAUCCGAACAUAUUCUUCUUAGACGAACCAACAAGUGGCUUAGAUGAAGUGACAGCUGCACAAUGUAUUCGCUUAUUAAGUCGCUUAGCUCGUGAAGGACGAACUAUUGUUUGUACAAUACAUCAGCCAUCGGCAACGAUAUUAAAUUAUUUCGAUAAUAUUUUUGUAUUGGCGAAAGGACAAUGUGUUUAUCAGGGAACUCCAUCGGCGAUCAUUCCAUUUUUGGGACAAAUUAAUCUCACAUGUCCUAUGUAUUAUAGCCCCUCGGAUUAUAUUAUUGAACUUUGUGACUCCGAUGAGGGACAUCUCAUUCCAACUCUAGCCGAAGUCACACAAAACGGCAAGCUUACAUAUUCUCCUGCUUCAAACAAUUCCCUACCCUUUGAAAAAAGCGAACAAACCGAAAUGGUUUUCCGAAAUGCCGUUACAACUAUGUUCAUUGAGGAAAAGUCUAAACGAAGAAUACUACCUUGUUGUGCUCUGGAUCGUGAUGGGGCUUUUGCAUUGGUUGAAAAAAUAAAAGCCUUUUCCAAGAGAAUUACAUCGGAUAGGGAGAAGAUUUCAUCGUUUAGACAAUUUUAUGUCCUGCUGAAUAUUAUGAUGUUGAAAAUUCUUCGGGCUCGUGUUGCAUUGCUUAUUCAAAUUGUCCACCAUACUAUGUGUGGAUUGUGUUUUGGCAUAAUAUUUUAUAAGUCUGCAAAUGAAGGCGAAAGAAUGUUUGACCAUUUGAAAUUCUGCAUUGGAACCAUUUUGACAAUUGUUUAUACACAAGUUAUGGUACCUAUUUUGAGUUAUCCAAGUGAUGUGAAAAUGGUGAAAAAGGAAACAUUCAAUCGAUGGUAUACUUUGCCACCUUACUAUUUGGCAUUGACGCUGUCUCGAAUACCUGUUCAAAUAAUUUUGAACAUUGUUUUCCUCUCGCUUACUUAUUGGAUGGCUGGCAUGCCCCCACAAAUCUGGCGCUUUUGUUUGUUUUCAUUGGUGGGUAUUGUAACCUCACUUACUGCCGAAGGAAUGGGUCUAUGGAUAGGUGCCACAUUUAGUAUAACGAACGGAUCAGCUGUUGGACCAAUGAUGAUUGCACCGUUUAUGGGGCUUGCAAUUUAUGGUUUUGAUUUUGCCAGCGAAAUUCCAACAUUUAUGAAUAUACUGAUGAAAUUUUCAUUCAUUCGAGUUGGUGCAGUUUCACUUAUACUCUCCAUAUUUGGAUUCAAUCGCGAAGAAUUGGCGUGUAAAGAUUUUUACUGUCAUUUUGGUGAUCCGAAAGUGUUGUUGAGAUUUUUGCAAAUGGACAAGAUAUCCAUAAUAAAUGAAUUUGGAUAUUUGAUGAUAUUAUUGGUGUUUUUUAGAACUUUACUUUAUAUAAGUUUAAGAAAACGUUGUAAAACUUAAAAUGUAAUUGUUAAUUAUGGUGAAAUUUGACUUUUUUAGUUUUAAGUUUUUUUUAUUUGUUUUUAAUUUUAGUAAAGCAUUCUGCCUGUGAUAAGAUUUUCUUAUAAUACUAUGUGUACACCUAAUUAUUGUUUAAAUUUAUGUAAUUUUAUGGAUCUUAAUGGAAAUAAAGAAACUUGCCCUUUUUUUAUAACAAAAAAAAU